CGAGGAUCAAGUCAAAAUAUAUACCAAAUGAUUUCUAUUUUACGUUGGUGGAUAUAAGGGUAUAUUUCAUGGGAAAUACUGACUUACCAGACAAUCCUACUCGCUAUGGAAUAGCAUUGAAACCAGGACAGUGGGAAGCAGUUGUAUCUUUAAGCGGUAUACUAGAAAAGGAACUAGGAUUAAACGAGGAGUCUGACGAGCACACUCAGAUUAUGAUUGAAUGUCUAGCAUCGACAUUACUUGAACAUGUCGAUAAAAUUGCAAAGGAAAGUUGUGCCGGAUGUGAAUGCGACCAUCCAUCACAAAAACAUCAUACGGAAGGUUGCCUUAUGGAACAGUCAAACAAGAUUGACAAGUUCUAUGACUCGGCUAAAAAGCAUCUGAAUCGCAUCGCAGUUCUAGACAAGGUGUUGAAAUUGAGCGAGGAUGAUUAUGACAUUUGGAACUUAUAUAAACAAGUGUAAGAGAAUAAUGAGAGUGAAAUCAUCAACAUGAUGAAGCUUCCGUCUGAAAAAUGGAAGUUUGUUCUGCAUGUUUAAAUUGACAGUGCCAAAAGGAACAUUGGACUUCAUACGGAGAUGACAUUUUGUUUUAUACCCUACAAAGAGAACAUACUUUUGUGAUUUAAUAUCUAUCAUU